UAAACAUUCAUCAAUAAUGACUAUAUCUCAAUAAAAAAUAGAAGUUUGCUAUAUAUAAGCUUUUGUUGAUUUGUCUUGCUACUUUUUAAAUACUAAAAGUUUAAUAUUUAAAUUAAUCCUUAUGUGUUACAACAAUGCUACAAUCUACGUAUGUUAUAAAUUUCGUAAUGCGAAGUAAGCAAUGGAUGUAAGGGGUUCUCAAACAUUUAUUCACUUGUUUUUAUAAUUCAGAACCCCUGACCUGUCAUAAACAACGAAGAUGGCUUAAGGUAGACUCGUUGUUUGUUAAUUCUUUUAACGUUGACAUGAUGUGUGUUACUGUCCACAAGGUUUUUUAUUUCGUUUAAUGAAGAAUUAAAUUUGUUUGCAAUUAUGGCUCAAGCGAAACUCCACUCACAGGAAGAAACAAGUAGCACACUUAACGAUAAAGAGAAAGAGGCUGACGAAAAAGAAGGUUCAACAACAGUCCUAGAAUGUGCAGUUUGCCUUCAACCAUGUAUAUAUCCUGCAAGAUUACCUUGCAAUCAUAUAUAUUGUUACCUCUGUGUCAAAGGUGUUGCGAAUCAAAGCAAAAGAUGUCCCAUGUGUCGUCAAGAAAUUCCUCCUGAUUUUCUUAAUAGACCACAGCUGGUAGAAGUAGAUGAAGCACAAAAGGAAUCAGAACAUUUUGAAGAAGAAUACCAAUGGUUUUACGAAGGUAGAAAUGGUUGGUGGCAAUAUGAUCAACGUACAAGUCAUGAAUUAGAAACUGCAUAUAAACAAGGCAAACGGAAUUGUGAAUUAUUGAUCGCAGGAUUUCUUUAUAUUGCUGAUUUUGGUUCAAUGCUCCAAUUACGUAGAAAUGAUCCUUCUAGGCGAAGAAAAAUUAAACGUGAUUUAUAUAAUGUACCAAAAAAAGGAGUAGCAGGUUUAAGAUUAAUUAAUCAGGAUGAAGAAAUCACUAGAGAAGUAAGGGGAGCAGAAAGACCAGCUAGUCCUGCAAGUGAUGAUAUGGGCACCGGUGAUGGUACAAAUACUCCAGUACCUCCAAGUAAUACACCACAAACACCAGCUGGUGGAACAGCAAGUGGUGAUGCUACACCUCUAAAUGACAGAAUGGAACAAAGAGACUCUUUACAUCAGUGGGCUUGCGUCGCAGUGCAACUCGGUCUCGUCAGAGGAGGAAUAGAUUGCCAGAACUGCUGAAACGACUAAUAUAAGUAAUUUCGCGUACAUGCAUUUCAGCAUGUUCAAAUACAUAUAAACAAGUCAUUCUUCUGAAGUACAUAAAUUGUGCCGAGAAUUUGCGACAACCGAAAAAUUUUUUAGAGAUCUUAAAAAGAUAAGAGUAAGAUCUGUAUUUUUUAAUAUUAGGUGAUAUUAGGCAUUCUAAAUACCCUAUUUGUAUUUGUAAAAUACAAUUUUCUAUCGAUCUUUUAAUAUCAUUUACUAUCGUAUACUUCAUAUUUAUUAUGUCAGUAUUAUGAUAUAGUAUAGUACCAUGAUAUCAAUUACAUGUACUUAUAUUCGAAUUAACAUUUAAAUCAACAUCAGUUUGAUUAAAUUUCUACACAACAUAUAGAUAUUCUAUUUAGGGAUUAAAUACAUUUUAUAUACUUUUGACGAGAUUGCCAAAAAAGCUUUAAAACUUGACUAAAAUCAUGUGCAAAUUAUAUACAAAUAUAGUUCUGAUAGAGACAGAAGAAUUUUCUUUAUCUGAUGUGAUUACAAUAAUGAUGUGAUUAAAGAAAAUAUUUUGAUAGCCUUGCAAAAUUAUUUAAAUUAUGGAAGAUUUUAGUUUUUAAUGGAGUAUAUUUUAUAAAAAAAUUAUGUAAUGCAAUUUUGUAAAAAUAAUUUUUAAAAACAUGUAUUGUAACGGUUCUUAAAAAUUAAAAAUAUAUGCUUUUAUAUAUAUGUA